AUGGAUUGCUUGGUGAUGCCAGUUUCAUUGAUCCGACGACGCUCCACGGGUUCUCGGUUGGGUUAUAUGCCUCUGACCAAGGAUGAGUUGGACCAAGAAUCCGAGAGACCCGUGACGGUGGUGGUCGGAAAAGAGAAGAGGGUGUUCCUGGUGGAUCCUUUCAUAUUACAAGAGAACCCAUUUCGGGUUUUGAUGGAUAUCUCUAUGAAGAAGGAUCCAGCGGAGAAGGACCGUUUCCAUUUCACGACAAGCCAGCGGAGAGUAAUCUUUGUCGAUGUGGACGACAUUUUGUUCGAGCACAUGUUGUGGCUCAUGCACAAUGAUACCUCUUCUUUGUUUCAACUCAAUUUGAAGGAGAUUAUUGACUUCUAUGCUCAGGAUAUGUAAUCAUCUAAAUUAGAGGCUAGCUUUCCUUUCACCACAACAGAGGUACUCUGUUUUACAAAUUUCGGUUCGUACCUCGUUACUAUAACCCAGAACGAACUCCUAGCUUCUUGUAUUAUGUGUCUAAUAACACACACUAAUAUAUUA